GAUUGCUCGCAAGCUGUUUUGUCAUUAGGCACGUGAAUCAGCUGGACUUUGUCCUCUGGGUGCAAUCUAGUUCCGAUAUUUCGAUAGAACGGUCGAUAUAAAUUGUACGUGAAGUUAACAAAAUUAUCAUACGAACGUGUGCAGAAAACAAAGACAGUGGGAAUCAGAUGUACAGGCAGUCGUUGAAAAUGGAAAGAGGAAAUGAGCAAUUUAUAACACGGCUUGCCAGCCUGCCAGUGGUGAGUUCUGGUAUAGCCCAGGUGUACUCAGCGUACCAAAAAACAAAGGACUACAACGGUCUCCUCCGUAGCACGUGUAAUAUGGCAGAGACUGGUCUGCAGACCAUGGUCUCGUCCACGAUGCCCUACGUGGAGAAAUACAAACCCCAGCUGGACAUGGUGAACUCGUUUGCGUGCCAGAAGCUGUCGAUGAUGGAGGAGCAGUACCCAAUAAUCACGCGGCCGACCGACGAGCUGAUCAAGGAAGGCAUGGACAAGUGUGCCAGCCUCGUCAAGCCUGUCACGGACAGAGUGUCCAGCGUUGUGGGCAAGGGGCAGGAAACGAUUGAGGCCACAAAAGGCCGCGUUGGCGCAGUGAAGGAGUACGGAGUAAUGACCUUGACCCGUACCCUAGAUACACCGCUUGCCAAGUAUGCAAUGGAAAAAGUCAAUGAGGCCCUCACAGUGUCAGAAGAUUAUGUCGAGAAGUACUUGCCAGCUGGAGAUGACGAGGCGCAAGACAAAGGUGCUGUAGUGGACGAGGUGAGCGCACUCACCAGAGUGAGCUCCCUUAGCUCAAAGCUUCGCCAGCGCAUGUACAAGCGGGCCAUGCGUGACCUCUCUGGGCUGCAGAUGAGGAGCAAGGAACAGCUGGAGAAGCUUAACUUCACAGUUGACCUGAUCCAGUAUGCCAAGUCAAGUGCGACAGAGGUCAAGGACACACUGGAGGAGAAGUAUGAAGUUGCCCAACGCAAGAUGGCAGACUACUGGGAGCAGAUCAAUGAAGAGGGGGAGGAGGAGGAGGAGGAAGGGGAGAAACCAAUGACGCUUGAAGGAAGGACAUUGAUGGUUGCUAGGCGCGUAACCAGGCAGAUGAAGACCGGAUUUGCCACUGUGUCUGGAUACAUGCCAGUCAAGCUGCAACCCACUGUGGUUCGAGAACGAAUGGAAAAUGUUAAAUUCACAGAGGAACUCUAUGCAUCAUUCAAGAACGCCAAAAGCUACGCCGACAUGCCUGCCUGGGUGCUGACACAAACAAGGGAGAGGAUGGCCUACAUACAGGAGACUGUGUCCUUCCUCACUGAGAUGUUUAUAGUGUCCCCCAUUAACUGGCUGACUGACAGCAAGAAGUCAAUUGAUCUACAGGAGGUUACACAGCGCAACAGACCAGAUCCUGAGGAGAUUGCUAUGGAGAUGACAUCCAUGUCUAGCAACGACCCUCCUGCUAGAAGGGAACCAGUGGAAAUGCCCCCAAGGAGGGAACCAAUGGAAAUGAAGACGGAACCUCAGUCAGAGCCUUACGGAAGGAAAAUGGAGAGAGAGGAAAUGAUGGAAGACAUGGAAGAGGAAGAGAACGCAGAUGACCUUGACUAACUGAUUUGUUGUUCAGUGAUGUGUUCUCACUUGUAAAAGGGUGGAAAUUGGUGCAUAAUAUAAAUUUGACAUUUUCUGUUUUGUGAAUUGAUGGGAGUAUUUAAAUUAAUAUUUCCUUAUUCUGGUUCUAUUUACAUAAUUAUUUUGAAAUAUCAUCAACAAUAAUUACUUCAAAAUGAACUGAUUCAGCAUUUCCUGUUUUGAGAAAUGGAGUAUUUAAAUCUGGUUCUAGUUACAUAAUUAUUAUGAAAGAUCAUCAACGAUAAAGAGCUGAAACAAAAUGAACUGAUUUUGUGAAAUGCAAGAAAAAAUAAUCUUGAAAAAAACAAACUGACUGUUGACAGUUUUAAUAAUAUAAAUCUGUUUAUAUUAGCACACUGCAUAUUUCCUUUCAACUUAAUUAACUUUUUGACAAAUGAUACAUUAAAAUAAAUCUCAGAAAAUGUU